GUAUAUGUAUAUGUAAAAUGGAAAUAUUAAAACAACGGCAGAAAAAAAAAGAAGAGAAGAAACUUUCUAUAGAACAACAGAUACCAGAUGUUCCAACGUUGGAAGAGUUUGAAUGUCUUCUCGAAGAAUCUCCCACAAAUUAUCCAAAGGGAGAAGGUAUUGAAAAUAUGGAAAGUGAAUUACAUUCUGCUGCAAUUGAUACUGAACUCUAUGAACAACAAACUAUUCAAACAAUCACAGAGGAAACAGAAGCAUUGCAAGCUUCAAAUAUCAAAGAUGAAAUUGAUGGCAAAAUUGGGAGUGAUUUGACAUCAUCAUGUAAUAAUUUAGAGGGAAACAUGGAGAAAAUAACAACAUCAAUUUCUACAAUGGAGUUAGUUGAUAAUCCAUCUGAUGCUCUUAAUAACCAAACUACAACACCAAAUUCAAUUCAAGUUACUUCAAAUAUAUCAAACUCAAAAAAUUCUACUAAUGAUAAGCAAACAAAGAAUCAGUCAGAUUCUAUUAUAAAUCAAAUAGAUGAUAUGCAUACAUCUUUUAAAGAAAUUGUACCUUUUACAGAGAGCCAAUUAGCAUCAUUAUAUGUUAAUCAGGAAUUAACAUUGGUUGAUAUAUUUAUUUCAGAAUUUACAGAAAUACAACUUAGAAGUAGUGCAAUUAGACAACAACACAGAUUGCACGAACUUUUAAUGAAUUAUCUUCGUGUAAGAAAUAAUUUAAUUAUCAAUUCUCAUGAGUUGGAAAUUUUAAAAAAGUCCUGUAGAGAAAUGCAAAAACAAUUAUGGUGUUUAGAUAAAGCCUGUAUUAGAGAAGCAGGAGAAUGUCAAGAUGGAAAUCCUGUUGUUGCUACACAUGAAUAUUGUACUGCACGGUUUAAUCACCAAGCAUUGGGUGCAUUAGCUCGAAAUUUAUCAACAAUAAAAGAUUUAUUACACAACACUCAAGCUCUAUAUUGUUAUGAAGCAGAAAUGUUAAAGUUACAAAUUGAGUAUUACAUUCAAAGGGUUUGCAUAUCUUGCAAAGAAUUUAUCAAUCUUCCUCAUAAUGCAUCUGUGAAUUUACUACCACUGCAUGUUCCUUCACAAACAAUUCCACAAUUAAUGGAAAUUAGGAUGUGCAUUACUAUAUUGUUUAAUUUUCAAAGAAAAUUAUUAAAAGACGGAAAAUUUGUAACAGACACUAGAGAAUGGCUUACAAGAUUAGUAGCAAUUCUAUUGAGAGUAGCAACUUGGCAAGAUCAUUUAUUUUUAUUGAAUCAUAUCUUGAGAUGUCCUGGUGGAGUAAUGAAUUGGGCUCGUAGUUAUGUUCAAACUCCUAUACCACAGGAACUUGGUAAAUUAGGCGUAUCUCCAAUAAAUGAUCCAUAUUUAGAUCAUAUAAUAGCUACAUUGGCAGUUAUUCUAUUACCUGUUAAAGACAGAGAUAAAUUUCUUGAACAGGUACAACAAUCAUUACAAGAUACAUCAUAUAGUCCAGGUGAUACAGUUUGGGUAAUAUUGGAUGAAGAAGGAGAAGAAGAUGAAGAUAUUGCUAAUAUUGGCGCAAACCUAUUUGAAAGUGACCUUAUUUCUUUACUAAACCAAAUUCCUUUUAGUAAAGUAUUUGAACAAGUGUUGUGUAUUCAAUAUCAGAAUGAUGAUUAUCAUCAAAACAAAGCUUACAUUACACAUCAUCAUUUGUUUCGAAUGUUUGCGUUUUUUGCAACUGUUAUUAGACUUUUAAAACAAGGUUUGAAAACAUAUGAUUCUCCAAGAUAUAGGCAACUGACCAAACGAUUAAGUGCAUUAAUUAGAGAUAUUGUACAAUAUGCUAAUGACCAAUGGGAGGACUUUGAUAAAGAUCAGAUUACUGAUGCAUCAGUGUUGAUGAAACUUCAACUUGAAUUUGAUUGUUUUUUUUUAAGAGCAAUUUUAUGCAUAUUUUCUUCACGUCGUUUAGGAGCAUGGCAAUACUUAGCUUCGAUGCCAUAUCAUUUAAUAUCAUCCAAUAACUUGUGGCAAAUAUAUUACAUUUUACACACUGAUUGUACACAAGUAGACAUGCACAUUUCUAAUAGAUAUAUUCAUGAUUGGAUAAAUGAAUUAAAUUCUUCACAAGUUCGUGCAAAAUUUGAAGAGAAAUUAAGUAAUAUGCCAGGAGACGAGUCAUAUUUUCUUUUAACCACUUUUGCUAAUAUGGCUUUGGCAAGAGCUGACAAAGAUUAUGAUUUUGUAAAAACAACAACAAUAGAUCUAUUUCAAAUAGGAUUUCUCAGUGAAAAAACACAAGAUUCUUGUUCAAAAGAUGCUCGAUCUCUAUUAUCAAAUAUAACAAAUAAAUAUCCUUCGUUGUUAUCAGAUAUUUUGCUAAAGUUACGAGAUAAUUUUGUAUCAGCUGGAAAGUUAAGUUUAUAUCUAUUCACUGACUUAAAAUUACAUAAGUGGGUACCACAUGAAAAAGAUAUAGUUAUUCUUUCUACAUGGUUGGAUCAGUAUCCAUUAACAUCAACCGAGAAUCAUUUAGCCCGUUUAAUUGUUACUAACUUAAAUUGGGGAUUUAAUGAGAAUGGUAAUUUAUAUCUUCCUAUUGAUUUACAUAGACGCAUAGCAUUAUUAACUGUCGAGCUCACUAUGAAAUAUGUACCUGAUUCUUCUGUCCAAAAUACCUCCUUAUUGGUAGAAGGUGUUAAACAGGUUUCAACAAUGAUAAGACCUCAAACUGCUGAACAUAUUUUUUCAUUAUGGGCAUGGGAUAUGAUUUCUAAAUUUAGAUUGCAUCAACUUGAUCAAAAUGAGGCACAUUGCCAUUAUGUACUUUCAAACCCCACUGCGGCAUUUGCUCAUGUACCAGACAUGGAUUCUGAUUCAUGUUUAGAAAUUUUGGUAACUGGUACAAGAGAAAAGCAACCUAUUGCUUGUUAUGUGGCAACGAUCAUGACGUUAUGGGGUCAUUCUAUACCGUUAAUAUGUUCAAAAGGUUUCGCCCAAUUGGAAAUAUUACAAUAUCAUUAUAAAUAUGAACAAGUGCUUAUAUGUUUGCAUCAUAUAAUACCAUUAUUUUUGGAAUGUGUUGAUUCAUUACUUAAGAAUGAUAAAUUUAUUAGUCUCGUUAUUUCUUUAAUUGCGGCUGAUAGAACCUAUAUGAAAGUGGCUAAAAGUCUUAUAACACCUGAUUUCCCAGGAACAAUAUUAAAACAAUUUUCAAAUAUGAUACAUUCUCAUUUAUAUAAUUAUAAAAAAUAUGGAUUACAGACACCAAAAGAUUUUGUAUAUCUAUGGUUAAGUACACUUGUACUUGUACCAGAUUGGAAUAAAGACCAAAGUGUAAUGUAUCUAAUGGAUACAGUCAUCAGUGCUGCAUUUUUUCAUGCAGAUGCAAAACUAACAGUGGAGCACAUGUUUCAGAAUCUUUUCUCUCUUACCAUAGAGGAAAAUAAUGAGACUAUGUCUAAUCGCAAUGUGAUGACAUCAUUUGGAUCAUUUUUAAAUUGGGCAACUGGUUCCUCAAAUUCAGUUAGUCUUUUAGGAAAAUCUACUCAAUCUGUUUGGGUUGCUUAUCAAAUAUUAUUAACUGAACAAUAUAACAGAGAAAUUAAAACUAAAUUAUGGCAUGAAAUUUUAAAGGAAUUGUCAAUACAACCUAAAAUAUCAUUAGAUACUGCUAUUAAGCGAGCUUGUGCGACUGUAAAAAUGCAACCAUUUGGAGCAAAUGGAUUAUUUAUAUAUCGUUGGUCACAGCAAGCACUAGAUACACCUAUAGGACAUCCUAUUCUUCCUCUUUUAUGGCAAAACUUCUUUGCUUUAUUUCUUGCAAGAGUUCCUUCUAUGUCAGGAAUUGUGGAUCAUGGCGGAAUUGGUGAAAAAUUUUUUGAAGGCAUGAUUAAUUUAAGUUAUUUAAAAAAAUUAAAAAAACGAUUACAUGAUACUACUACAUAUUUUCAAUUAAAAGGAGAAAAAGAUUUAGAUAAUGGAAAGCCAAUCACUGAUGACAGACGAGCAUUUUAUUUUAAUGCAGCAAAAUUUUAUAAGACUUUAAGUUUGUGGCUUGAAGAACCCAGAUUACAGGAACCAGGUCUUUAUUUACCAGCAUUACCGCCACAAUACAUGUCACAAAAAUUAGUAUUACUCGUUCAGGAUAAUUGGACACCAUGGUUAGAAUAUAUUGAUUAUUGGGCAGUUCAACAAAAUCAAAUAAUAGCAGUUCAAGAAUGGGAACGUACAUGUUGUAGAAGCCAAGAAAAUUAUUAUCAAAAAGGAAAAAACGUAUCAAUCUCCUUUCCUGAAAUUAUUGGACCAUUGCAAAGAAUAUUUAAAAGAUUAACUACAUAUGAAUAUCCUGUAUCACCUCCACCCUUAAAUCGAAAUCAAGCAGUUUUUAAUUCUGUAUCAAAAGAGAAUAUAUACAAUUCUAAAUCAGUAAUUGAUCUCGUUAAACCAUAUCUUAAAAUAAUAUUAGACUAUGCUCAGACAUAUAAUUUAAUGGUUUCUGAGCACAUUGCAGUAGAUUCUAGUUUUCUGGAACUAGUGCCUACCCUUUAUAGAGAAAAUGAGAAUCAAGUAACGUUGCAUGCAUUAUGUGAUCCAGCACCUCUAAAUCAGAAAUACUCUAGAUCAGGAACACCACCCACUGUGCAUUGUGCUGGUCCAGCAGUAAUUAUAGUUAAGGUACCUGAAGCUCGCAUUAGCGAUGCUGUUGAUCAUAUGAUAACACAAAACAGAGCUGAAUAUGAAAAUUUGUUGAUAAAAGCUAGUCAGCCACCAUCUAGUAAAGUUACUCAAGGAUGUGUAUUUAUAGAUCAUUUAAUUGCAAUGCUGGAAUACGAAAUAGCUAUAAAUCGAACAAAUGAAAACGCUACAGCAUUGUAUAAAAUUCAAGAAAGUGGAGUAAAAUUAUUUUAUUAUCUUGUAGACUGUUACACAGAAGAAGCAUCAUUUUGUCCACCAACAAAACAGCUUCUUACUACUUGUUUAGAAAAAUUAGGACAGUCAUUUAUUAAUGGGGAGGAAACUCAAGGUCCACAAUUAUUAAGUACCAUUAUGCAGAAACAAAAUCUUGGUGGUUUACUUGGACCUUAUUUUACACCUGUUGCUGGUAGUGCUUCAACAUUCCUACAAAUGUAUGAAACUGUUGUCGAAUUUUCUACGAGUACAAAAGUCGAUCUUUGUUUUGUAUUAUUAUCAAAAUUUGAUGUAAAAGUCUGGUUAAAUUAUAAACGUCCAAGAUUAAGCGAACGAUCAACGUUCAUUGAUUUGGUAUCUAGAGCUCUUUGUAAUAUGGGUAUUAAUCCAGAUGAAACAAAGCUGGUGCUACAUGAGCUAUUUAGGAAUCAUCUACGAUUUGUAUUACUACAUGAAUUUCCGGAACAUUAUGGAGAAGUUUUAGGUGUUGUAUUAAAAAGUAGUGAAAGUCAAAAUUUAUCGCUAGAUGUUUGGCGAGAUUUAUUAGGGACACUCAGUGGCAAAUCAAAAAAUGCAUUUACAAGUCAUUCUAAAAUUAGAGACGAGAUUCGUCAUUACGCUACUGAACAAAAGCUUCUUUCUCGACAAGAGAUAUACGACACAGCUGUAUUAUUAAGUAGACAUUUCAUGCAAGAACGUUUACAAUAUGGUCUUUAUGGACUGUAUCCAAAAUAUAGAAUUUACAAUGAACCUUUAAGUAUAUUUCUUGGCAUGGUGGGUCAUGCUCUUGUUGCACUUACUCUCCAAUCUGAUAGAGGAUCAUUAGGAGACCAAUUGUGUGAGAAAAUAUGGCCUAUUUUAAGUGAAAUGUAUGCACCUUGGAUUGCACCAUAUUGGACACGAAAUUUAAAAGAACCAACUGCUGCAUGGAUUCAACAACUUACAGAUGAUCGAUCUGUUUUAUUACCAUGGAUUAUUACAGACGGUCCAUAUGCUAAUAAACUUGUAGCAAUGUUCAUUGAAUGUGUUCGUUUUAUUAUCGAUACAUUGCCAGCAUCUAGCAAGAUACUUUGUUUUGUCUGGCAAUUUUAUGUUACCAAUUUUGCACAUGCUUCAGUUAAAGAUCAUAUUCUAAACGUUAUUCAUGGCAACUUUUUUUCAUUACCAUGGGAUCGUUUUUAUCCAUCUGUAAAUGAUGUGGAAUUAAUGGUAAAAGUAAUUGAUCAAUAUUUGCCAGAUAGUCACUUAUUCCUUGGAAGUGUAUUUACGUGUGUACAUUGGCCGUUGUGGAUAAAUGACUUAUUAGCAUCACAGCCAUUAGCUCUUGUAACAAGGAUACAUGUUUGUUUAUUGAAUUUAUUGGUAAAAUUAUCCAAUGAACCAAAUGUUAGACAGACCGAUAAAGUAACUCAGUUAAUUAUGGAUGCUGAAAAAUUUUCUUGGCAUUUAUUAGAUGCAUCUGCCUAUGAUCACGUAAUUAAUUGGCAUGUCAUGAGCUGUGACUCAAGAGUAGUUCUCUAUUCUCAUAAUGAGCAAUGCCAUUCUAUAGAUGUUGCUGUACAUAAUUUGUUAAAGGUAGCAGCAGGCUAUGAUUCUGUUGUAAGUCAUUUUCAUCCAACUACAUUAAAAAAGAGACAACUGUAUAUACGCUGUACAAUAAAAUUAUUGAUUACUUGUACAACUCGAUAUAAACCUUUAUUAACUACAAAUCCAAAAGUAUUUAAUAAUACAUUGUCAAAAAUGUUAGAUGAUAUGGAAGCUAUUAUUUUAAACACUGUUCCAGAAUCUCAACAAAUUGCAGAAGCAAGUUUAUUAAUUACUGAAUUACUCUAUGCUGUGAAUCAACAUGGAGUUCUUAUGGAACAUCUUCGCAUUAGUUGGACAUCGUGGCUUUUGAAAAGAACAGCUAGUAAUCCAAUUCUUCUAAGUAUAAUUAAAGUCAUUGGAACAAUUACUUCACCAUGUGUACUUGGAGAAUUAAUGGAGGCUGCAUUAGAAGCAUAUUUUAAAUUUAAUUCAGCAUCUGAAGAGGUUUCACCAACUUGGGCUUCAGUCUUAACAAUUUUGCAAUCAGUAAUACCUCGACAACCACCAUUGGAAUCAUUUUUAAUUUCUGAAGGAAAACUUCUUGCUUUAUAUUUUAUUUUACUAAAGAGACUUCCAUUAUGUCAAGAUAUUAGGGAAGAAGGAGUACUUCUUAUAAAUUUAGUUGACUGGAUCUCUGCUAUUAGACCAACGAAUAUAAAUGAAGAAAAAUUACCUCUUCUUUGGGCUAAAAUUUGUGAAUUAGCAUAUAGACAAUGUCAGUAUAAUGAAAACACUAGGACUGCUGCUAGAGCUCUUAAAGGUUUAGCUCGUUCGUUAUUAACAAUUGCUGAUGAUGGGGGACAGGGAUGGGGUAUACUAGGAGCUAUUGGCCUUAAGAAAAAUUCCAAUCUUUCAAUAAGAUGCAAAUUUUUAAGCCGUGUGAUAGGAGUUUAUUGUUUAGCUCAAUUACCUGAAUCAAAAUCGGAACAACAGAUAGUAAGAUUUACACCUCAUUCACCUGGCGUAGCAUUAUCAAAAACAAAUGAACCAGAUACAAUGGAAAUUCGACCUAGUGCAGAAGCUAUUAAAGCUAUGCAGGCUUUAGAAGGACUUUUAUUAAAUAAACAAUAUGCAACGCUUAAAGGAGAUAUAGAACGAUCUAUUAAAUUAAUUAGGGAUCCUGCUAAUUCUUUGCAUAAUGCAACAGCCAUUCUAGGUGUAUUGACAACAGAGCUUUACAAUCAAAGAUAUUUGCAUGUUUUGAUAGAUUAAUUUUUUUUUUUUAUCAGACUAAAAUGGAAAUGAUUGAUAUAAUUUUAUAUCUGUUAAUUUGUAUUUUUAUUGUACAAAAAUUGAAAACAGCACUUUUUUUACGUAAGUAUUGUAAGACAGUUUAAAAAGAUUUGUAAAUUUAAAUAUGUAAAUCUAGUCAUAAAGGUUUGAUUAUAUCUCUUGACAAUUAUUUGGAUGAUUAUAUAUUAAUGAUACUUUAAAAAUAAAUAAAUAUAUAUAUA